UGCUGGGGUCUGUCAGAAUACAGAAUGUACUACAUACUUGUAUAUUUAAGGACUCUAGCCCUCUAAAUCCGUAACUACCCAUGGUAGCUAUUCUUUCAGAUGAAACGCGAAAGGUAGAGGUGAACGAAGAGAUAGGUGGCACUGAUGCGGACACCCCCAAGUACACCUAGCAAUAGUACACCUAGCAAUAGUACACGUAGCAAGAACAGAUGCUACUUGAUUGCUUUGACCAAUGCCAUUGUUACCAUAGUACUGGCGGGAGCGACAUUUGCUGUGGUGUACUUCUUAAAAAUCAAGUCUUCAAAGCUUCUGGUUGUUGAACCAGACUGCACAUUUAACGUUGGGCAACCCGGAAAUUUCCCGUUUGAGGUGUUCAAUAUGACAGACUGGACAGAGCUGUACAUCUCCCAGAAAUUCACAGUACCAGUCGCAUCGGCCAACAGAACCAGGCCCAAUAUGGAGAUAGUAUAGACGCACGGACACACAUCGGUCCUCAAUACAACAGAACUCUCUAACCAGUCGGAAGCACGACGUUGUUCUCUCGAGCUGCCCGAAGCCAAUCUCGCGUUCGCUCGUAAAUGUUUGGAUCAAUCUUGUCACACACAAAAUAAAAACGAACAUUUUGUAUCUCGUUUAAUAUAGUUACCAGACUAUACCUAGCGGUGAAAUUGUGGCUAUUGAUAUAACACGGCCGUUAAUCACGGGCGCCACCGCUUUUUUGUGAUGCAUUGAUAAAUAAGCAAACUCUACUUCCGAGGUGGCGCUAAAUACCGUUUAUUUUUAACUUUCGCGGAUACGUCUACAGGGUGAGCAGAAUUUAUAUGUUUUUUUAAAACACAUUUCGCAUUAUUUUGAAAUCGGACAAUGUAGUGCGAUUCAGCAAAGAUUUAUUUAUCCACACAUUUGAAAACGUGGAGACAUUUAUAAGUUGUGGAAUGGUUAAGUUUUUAAAAGUAAAUCGAUGUAUUUUGCCUCUGUGACGAGAAAAUUUCCAUCCAAUGAAACUGCUAUCGACAUCAAACCAUCGCGUCGAACGUGUACAAGUUGUAGCCUGUAGAAAAACAUUGGUGGCUUGACGAUCUAAUAGAUAAUUUUGCAUUCAUCCAUUAGAGAUGGAGCCAAUGCCAAGGAGGUGGCGCUAAUGACAGGAGGUGGCGUCUUGGCACAUUUUAAGUUAUUAUAAUUUUUGUUGCCGACCAUACACUUUGUGUGUGGUAUCCCAGGUUGAGUUUUCGAUAUGUGUUUCUUAACUCGAUCAUAGUAAAAUAUAAUUAAAAGCAGUCUAGAUUAUUAUGAAGAAACAUUUGAUGCAAAGAGAUUUGGAAGAAUUCUGUUUUUGAAUAUACUAUAAAACUGGAAAGUAACUUGAGUAUUAUACAAAUUUUAACGA